AUGACCAUCGACACUGACGAACACAACAGCGACCCCUACAAAAUCGAUAUCAAAUUAGAGAAUGACAAGGACAACAAGCUUAAACGGUUUUUCGAAAAAGGGCUCAAUGCACUCUUAGACGACAAGUACUUUCUGCUCCUCCACGUACCUGAAAAUGGAAACAAGAUGCAAGUGAUACGCCCUGCUACCAAUUCAUAUCACCGAAAGCGCAUCGUCAAAAGAAUCAAUGAAGCCAAACGCAUUCCAUCUUUUUAUUAUGCGUUAUCGCAUCUUUGGGGACUCACAGAGGACAACCGAUACCACUGGAACGAUAUCAGUGAAUACGUUGACGACGAAGAAGGACAACCAAUGAAACCUGUUUCCAUGCGACCUGAGAAACGUGAUACAUUGCUGGCAAUGCUCAAGGAUCAUCCUGAUAGUUAUUGGUGGAUUGAUGUCCUAUGUGCACGUACCGAUACCCCUUUGGAUAUUAUGGGUGAUAUUUACACUUGCUGCCUUGAAUGCAUUGCCAUGAUCGAUUGUGAUCCUGAUACCAUACCAAAACUUCAUACCAUGUUGGGUGCACGUGACGAAUUCCCUGACCAGUUUUGGACUAUAGACUACCGAAACCCUGAUAGCUACUUGCCAUACAAGCAGAUUUACGAUGAAAAGUGUCCUCAAAUGAUGGAUACCUUGUGUACCUUGCAGCAAAGCUCUUGGUGGACGCGUGUAUGGACCUGGCAGGAGAUGGCUUUACCUUUUGGGGAUGUGCGUCUUAUGUCGGAAACAGGCGCUCACCAGCCUUCAUGCAACACCAUCACGUUGGAUAAUUUAUAUGACCGAUUUUCUGGCGUGGCAGCCUUUUUAAUAUUCUAUGGUCGUGAACAAAAGAACUUAAACGAGAAGGAUGCGCUGCUACAUGAAAAGGCCGAGGUUGUAUCUAGUUGGUUGGGUGGUAUCACAGAUGCUCGAGGCAUCAACAAGGAUCGUCUAGAACCAGAAAUGAGCGGAAUAACCAUUCAUGACCUAAUCUUGUCAUUGGGUGAAUCCACGCGACGAUGUUAUGAUCCUUGUGAUUACGUUUAUGGUGUGCUGGGCAUGUUGCAAAUCAAAAUCCCAAGGAUGGCUGAUGCCGAUGAAGUUUGGGACCGUUUCUUGGAUGAGUUGGAUGAUUACAUCGACAAUUUGGAGGACAAUGAGCUUGCGAGUGGAGCACUUGUUGGAACGAGCGAUCGUGCACGUCAAAUCAAUCUACUCGAAGCUAAGAAUAUGAAAGAUGUAUACAACGAUUUGCUAGUUAUCGAAGAAGAUGAGUUUGAUUGCCAUAAUUUUGCUUAG